ACUCUGGUACACCACAAUAGGUUCACUCCCAAAAUAAUGUACUGGGGUCACACACAGUACAUGUGCGUACACAAAGUGUGCACGUACAAGAUGAAGAAUGUACCUUCCUACAGCCUGUCACCUUGUCCUAUAUCAGAAUUUCUGAGCCUAUCAGGUCAUCUUGGCUAUUGUGACCUCCCAUCUGAUAAGCAGCUGGCUGCUCUGGGAUCCAUGCCUCUGGCAGCCCAGCACACCGCCUAUGUGGUUUUGUUGCCCACUGGAUGAGAGAUUAUGUUUAAAAGGCAGUUUCUUCCGUGGUGCCCUGAGCUUCCACAACGAUGGCACUUCCA